AUUUCCUUUGCCUGAAUUUGCUCGAAAAAAUUCUUGUUAUUUUCUUUUUUGGCAACCUUAUCAUUCUGGAGAUGGAAACGAUGUGUGGGCAAUAGAUGAUAUUGUUAUUUCCAAUUCUUUGGAUAAUGUUAUAAGUUUGAAUUUUAGUGAUUCAAAAGCAAUAAAUGAAUCAAUUAGAUACAAUUUUGGAGCUGUGAAACAUCAUUGCAAAUCUGAUGGAAAAUCUUUAAGUUUUGAUGGAGAUGUACAUUCUAGUUCAACAAGAUCUUUAGAAUCAAAAUCUUUAAAUAUUGGACCAUCUUAUAUGUUACAAUUUGACAUAGUAGUAGGCUGUGGACAACCUUAUAGUAAAGAUAAAAAGAAUAAGGUUCAUUUAGAAUAUUCAACUAAUCAUGGAAUGAAUUGGCAAUUAGUUCAUAAACCUUGUCUUCCAUCUAUUGGUGGUUGUAAUGGUGUUUUUACAAAAGGAACUGUUUAUGAUCCAUCUGAGCAUAGAAAAUGGAAAAGAGUUACAAUAAAUCUUCCAUCUACCACAUGGUCAAGUUCUACCAGAUUUCGGUUUUUUCAAACAAAUUUUGAAGAAGGUGAUACUUGGGCAAUAGAUAAUUUAUAUAUUGGAUUGCAGUGUCCUGAUUUAUGCAGUGGUCAUGGCAGAUGUAUAGAAGGAACAUGUCUGUAA